AUGGCACUGGCGUCCUGCCUGGCGGACCACUACCAGUGUGUGGGUGUGGACCUCGCUGGCCAAGGAGACACGCCAGCAGGCAGCACACAGAACAUGCUUGAGCAGAUGGCAGACGAUCUACUUGCUGUGGUAGACCACUUUGGCAGAGACGAGUGCUAUGUCUUUGGGCAUUCUGGGGGCGGUCUGGCCGCUGUCAUUGCUGAGCAGCAGCGGCCAGGCACUUUCAAAGCCAUGUACCUGUACGAGCCAGUCGUGUUUGGCCCGGAUGAAGUCGCAGCGGAUGAGCAGACAAACUCAUUCAUCGACCAUGCCAGGAUCCGCACUGCCCACGCUGCUUUCACGCCUGAGAUCCUGUCUGCGCGCGCCCUCAAGCGUCGGCCGAGGUUUGCCUCCAAGCAGGCAGCCCUGCAGUCCUUCGCUUCCAAGGUCCCCUUCAAGGCGUUCCAAUCCUGCGCCCUUGCCGCCUACAUCGAGCAUGGACUUAGGGAAUUACCAGACGGCAGCGCGGAGCUGAAGUGCACGCCAGAGGUGGAGGCGAGGGUGUUCAGGGACACUUGGGGCGUGGCACAGCGCACGUUUGGGCGGCUGGGGCGGCUGACAUGCCCGGUGGCGGUUGCGGCUGGCACAGAGACCAUGCCCGGCGUCAUCAUGGCUCCCGAGCUCGAGGCGCCACGCAUCGCCGCGCAGAUCCCCAACGGCCGCUUUGAGCAGUAUAAGUGGAUGGGCCACUUUGGGCCCUUUGACAGCCCCGCAUACGUGGCGGACCGCGUCAUUUUCAAUCUUUACUUCAGUAAGAGCUCUGUUCUGUGGAAUACACUGCCCAAGGCGCAAUCAGAGCGGGUGCCCCGUGCGCGCAUGUAG